GUAGCACAAUAUGGCCGCCUAGUAUUGGCAUCACUAUGGCAAUCCUCUUGGCAGCUUCCUAACUAUUACCUCUUUUAUACAUUUUACACGAGUUUUUUAAUAUCAGUGCCUAGGAGAUAGGUAGUGUGCGUGCGCAUGUGUGUUAUGAUGUAAUUGCGGCACGGUGAGGUGUCGGAAAGAUCGCCGUAAACGCGGGCGGACCUAACCACAUUCCGAGAGUUUCUGAAAAACGACAUACAGGUGGCACGCUGCUGUGGUGUUAAGUGUGCAGUGAUCACGGGUGACCGAGGGAAGGCGGGAAAGAAGGUGGUCAAUAUGACUCCUAUCUUCCUCGUCGUGUUGCUGGCGAUUGACCCGAUUAUCGCGCAGAAUACUGGAAACAUCAGCGACUCGCAAUACAUCACGUACAUGACAAGUCCACCGACAAUCCUGGUGAAGCCGCAGUCACAGCAGGUGAAGGCAGGCGGGAUAGCGAGUUUCUACUGCACUGCGGAAGGAGCACCUCCGCCGCAGAUACACUGGCGAAAGAACGGCAAGAGAAUUUCACAAUCCCAGUCUCGCUACGUGGUGCACCAGUAUGAAAAUGGUGCUUUACUGCGGAUCGAACCUGUCAAGCCCGGGCGCGAUAAUACCGUCUACGAGUGCCUAGCUGAGAACGGAGUCGGCGACGCUGUUUCGACCGAGGCUACGCUCACCGGUUACGAAGCGGAGAAUCUGCCGAUGGGUUUUCCGAUGAUCACUCAAGCGCCGACGACAAAGGUAGUCGAGAUGGGCCACAACGCGGUUCUUCUUUGCGCAGCGGUUGGAUCCCCGACGCCCAUCAUCUCCUGGGUGCGAGAUAUGCUACCUAUCGACACGUCAAAUCCACGAUACACGGUCCUGGAUUCCGGUGCUUUGCAGAUUACCGAGUCUGAUGUGAGCGAUCAGGGCAAAUACGAGUGUGUCGCUAAUAAUUCCGUAGGCACAGAGUACUCCAAAUCAACCACGUUAUAUGUCAAAGUACGUCGCGUUUCACCGAGCUUUUCGAUUCCUCCUCCGCCGUUGAUCGAGGUAAUGCUGGGCGGAUCAUUGAAUAUCACUUGCGUCGCGGUCGGCGCACCGAUGCCUUUCGUGAAAUGGAGAAAGGACCCUGCGACCGAUCUGACGCCGGAAGACAACCUGCCUGUCGGCAAGAAUGUCUUAAAAUUGACCGAUAUCAAGGAAUCUGCCAAUUAUACAUGCACAGCCGCUAGCGACCUGGGUGUAAUUGACGCAACUACAAUGGUGAAGGUUCAAUCUCUUCCCGGCCCGCCAGAGAAUGUUCAAGUGUCGGACAUCACUGCGACGUCGGUGAAGCUGAGCUGGUCCUACAAAGGACCAGAUGAGCUGCAGUACUACGUAAUUCAGCAUAAACCGAAGCAUGUGAACCAGGCAUUUGCCGAGAUAUCCGGUAUCACGACGAUGUACUACCAUGUUAGGAGUCUCAGUCCGUAUACGGAGUAUGAGCUAUAUGUGAUAGCCGUGAACAGCAUCGGGCGUGGUCCCCCAAGUGCCCCGGUGAUAGUCACCACUGGUGAAACAACGGAAUCAACAAAUGGAGGUGCCAAACCCGGUACAGCACCGCGAAAGGUUCAAGUUCGACCAUUGAGCUCCAGCACAAUGGUCAUACAAUGGGACGAGCCGGAAACUCCGAACGGUCAAGUGACGGGAUACAAAGUGUACUACACAACGGAUUCGAAUCAAGCGAUGGCGUCGUGGCAGUACCAGAUGGUGGAUAACAGCCAGCUGACAACCAUCUCGGAGCUGACGCCGCAUACGAUCUACACCAUAAGAGUUCAGGCGCUCACGAGUGUCGGUCCUGGACCGCUCAGUCUACCGGUGCAAAUCAAAACACAGCAAGGGGUACCGAGUCAGCCCGAAAUGCUAACGGCGGUUGAGAUCGGGGAGACCACGGUAACGCUCCAAUGGAGCAAACCCGCUCAUAGCGCUGAGAAUAUUCUCAGCUAUGAGCUGUACUGGAAUGACACUUAUGCGAAGGAGAAGCACCAUCGCAGAAUACCUGUUACCGAGAACUACACUCUGAGCGGACUGUAUCCGAAUACUCUAUACUACGUAUGGCUGGCCGCGAGGAGUCAAAGGGGCGAAGGUGCCACGACGAUACCGUAUCCGGUUCGCACAAAACAGUACGUCCCCGGGGCUCCGCCUCAAAAUGUAACCGGCAAAGCGAUCAGCCCAACCUCUAUAUUGGUAACGUGGAAACCACCGGCCGCUGAACGUUCCAACGGGAGGAUCACCUACUACAGACUGCAAGUCGUCGAGAGCGGUCGCUCUGACUCCGAGGCAUGGAAUAUCAAACUGAAUGACACGCGUUUCGUGUUGGACGAGCUCAAAAAGUGGACCGAAUAUCGGAUCUGGGUAUUGGCCGGGACCAGAGUAGGUGACGGGCCCCCGAGUUUUCCUAUCGUGGUCAGAACUCACGAGGACGCUGAAAAAAUGCCGGGAGAUCCUCAGGACGUCAAAGUCACGUCGAUCAACUCGACGGCAAUACACGUCGAAUGGAAGCCGCCAAAAGCGAAAGAUCAGAACGGCGUUAUACGAGGAUACCACAUACAUGUGCAAGAAGUGAGGGAGGAGGGGAAAGAUCUACUGAAUGAACCGAUACGUCGAGACGUGCACGAGGAUGGCGUGCUAGAGGUGAAUAUUAGCGGACUACAACCGGACACAAGAUACUCGGUGCAAGUGGCAGCAUUAACGAGAAAAGGAGACGGAGAUCGUUCGGUGCCGACUCACAUUAGGACACCGGGCGGAGUACCAAACAGGCCGCAAGUCAACGUGAAAGUACUAAGUAGAGGCCCGGAUGUCUUGGAACUCGAAUGGGUCCAACCCACUCAAACCUACGGUACUCUGCAAGGAUAUCGUAUUCGAUACGGUAUAAAGAAUCAGACACUCAAAGAGGAAUUUAUCGAGGGCACGCGGACACAUAUGUAUAAAAUUACAGAUCUCGGAGAACAAGGUGUUGAUUACGAGUUCAGAGUAGCCGGUAAAAAUGACAUCGGCUUCGGCCAGGAGACUGUGCGAUACUGGUUCAGUCCGGAAGGCGAACCUACGGGGCCACCAACGAAUUUGUCGUACUUCUUUCAAACUCCCGACACCGUAUGCGUUACUUGGGAUAAACCACUUCGACAGCAUAGAAAUGGCCAGAUAAUCGGCUAUGACGUGCAAUUCAACAAGAAGAACGAUCAUUCUAGUACUACAGAUAGAAACACGACCAAGACGAGGGCGGUAUUCACCAAUCUAGAAGAGAACACGGAGUACGUUUUUCAUGUGCGAGCGCAUACGUCACAAGGUAGCGGUCCGUAUUCCGAGAAAAUCACAAUAAUGACGGAGAAGGAUAUCGGUCGGGCUCCGAUGUCUGUAAGAGCAGUGGCCACGUCGGAUUCCAGCGUGGAGGUGUGGUGGGAACCAGUGCCUAACAGAGGGAAGAUUGUCGGUUAUCAAAUCUUCUAUACAACAACCGCUGUAGAAGACUUGGACGAGUGGAAGCAGAAGAGCGUCGGCCUGACGGAAUCGGCGGAUCUAAUAAAUCUAGAGAAAUUCACUCAGUACGCUAUAACAGUAGCUGCACGCUAUAAGUCCGGUCUAGGAAGACUUAGCGAAAAGGUUACAGUGAAAGUAAAACCGGAAGAUGUACCGCUAAACCUUAGAGCACCGGACUCAUCGACACACUCGAUGACUCUGUCCUGGACUCCGCCCAUAAGACUGACUCCGAUGAAAUACAAAGUCUCGUUCGAUGCCGUUAAAGAGUUUGUGGAUUCUCAGGGUAUAACACAGACGCAAAUUGUUCCUCGCAGACAAAUGUUAUUGGAUCCUCAAACAACGACCACGAUGAUAAACGAGUUACAGCCGUUUACAACUUAUAACGUUAACGUGAGCGCUGUACCACGCGAUGGUCAGUAUAGACCACCAGCGAAAAUUACGGUCACCACGCAGAUGGCCGCACCCAAACCAAUGGUGAAGCCGGACUUCUAUGGUGUGGUUAAUGGUGAAGAGAUUCAAGUUAUUCUACCGCAAGCAUCCGAAGAAUACGGCCCGAUUUCGCACUAUUAUCUGAUCGUCGUGCCCGAAGACAAAAGUACCGCCGAUAAACAGCCGGAUGAAUUAACUGAGGAUAUGAUUACUGGAAAAGGUAGCAAGCAAGAGAGAGAAAACGCACCCUACAUCGCAGCCAAGUUUCCACACAGAGACAUCCCGUAUACGUUCCAUUUAGGCAGCGGAGAUAUCUACGAGGGAUACGAAAAUCGAAAACUCACAAAAAAUAAACGUUAUAGAAUAUUCGUACGGGCAGUAGUCGAUACUCCACGAAAGCAUUUGUACACGUCGUCACCAUUUUCCGAGUAUUUAUCUUUGGACAUGAGAGAAGUACCUCCCGGCGAACCACCACGUCGACCGAAUCCCAAUACUCCUCCGGAUGGAAAUCCAGAAGUUUCUGUAAAAACUAGCGGUCAAGAACCAGGUAUGGUGUGGGUCGUUGGUCCGAUAAUCGCAGCAUUGAUGGUCAGCGUUUGUCUUGUUCUUCUAUUUGUCAUUAAAAAACGAAGACAACCGUGUAAAGCACCAGAUCAAGCAGCUGUUACACGACCACUCAUGGCGGCGGAUAUAAGUUCGAAUCACGCACCGUCAGAUCCGGUAGAAAUGCGACGAUUGAAUUUCCAAACACCAGGCAUGAUUUCACACCCACCGAUUCCAAUCAGCGAAUUAGGCAAUCACAUCGAACGUCUGAAAGCGAACGACAAUCUCAAGUUCAGUCAAGAAUACGAGUCGAUAGAACCUGGUCAACAAUUCACGUGGGACCAUUCCAAUAUGGAAGUCAAUGCGUCGAAAAAUCGUUACGCCAAUGUAAUCGCAUACGAUCAUUCGCGAGUUAUUCUUCAAACUGUCGAUGGCAUGCCGGGGUCGGAUUACAUCAAUGCUAAUUACUGCGAUGGUUAUAGAAAACAAAAUGCAUACGUGGCCACGCAAGGACCGUUGCAGGAGACAUUUGGGGACUUUUGGCGUAUGUGCUGGGAAUUGCGAACCAGCACGAUCGUGAUGAUGACAAAAUUGGAAGAGAGAACAAGGAUUAAAUGCGAUCAGUACUGGCCUACUAGAGGCUCCGAGACUUAUGGACAAAUGACCGUGACUAUCAGCGAUAUUCAAGAGCUAGCAACCUAUUGUAUCCGCACGUUCCAGGUUUGUCGAGCGGGUUAUUCCGAGCGACGGGAAAUAAAGCAAUUGCAAUUCACGGCUUGGCCCGAUCACGGCGUACCAGAACACCCCGCACCAUUUUUGCAGUUCUUACGGAGAGUCAGGUCACUUAACGUACCCGAUAGCGGACCGUUAGUAGUACAUUGUAGCGCCGGCGUAGGAAGAACUGGUUGCUUUAUCGUGAUAGAUUCGAUGCUAGAAAGGAUUAAGCAUGAGAAAAUGAUCGACAUUUAUGGCCACGUCACAUGUCUACGAGCUCAGAGGAAUUACAUGGUUCAAACCGAGGAUCAAUACAUUUUCAUUCACGACGCUCUGCUCGAAGCAGUGAUUUGCGGUAAUACGGAGGUACCGGCCAGAAAUCUGCAUUCCCAUAUUCAAAAGCUUAUGCAACCGGAAAUCGACAAUAUAACAGGAAUGGAAUUGGAAUUCAAAAAGCUUUCAAACAUCAAGGCUGAUUCUACUAGAUUCAUAUCCGCGAAUUUACCGUGCAACAAGCACAAAAAUCGAUUGGUCCACAUUCUGCCUUACGAGUGUACUAGAGUGUGCCUGCAGCCGCAACGUAACAUCGAAGGAUCCGAUUACAUAAAUGCGAGUUUGAUCGACGGAUAUCGUUAUCGAGCAGCUUACAUAGCGACACAAGGUCCUCUAUGCGACACCACCGACGAUUUUUGGCGCAUGCUAUGGGAACACAAUUCCACGAUCGUUGUCAUGCUAACGAAAUUGAAGGAGAUGGGCAGAGAGAAAUGUCACCAGUACUGGCCGUCCGACCGAUCUAUCCGUUACCAGUGCUUCGUCGUGGAUCCAAUCGCGGAAUAUAAUAUGCCGCAAUACAUUUUGCGAGAAUUCAAGGUGACGGAUGCGCGCGAUGGUGCCAGCCGUACGGUCAGACAAUUCCAAUUCAUCGACUGGCCGGAGCAAGGGGUUCCGAAGUCUGGUGAUGGUUUCAUCGACUUUAUCGGUCAGGUGCACAAAACAAAGGAACAAUUCGGUCAAGAUGGACCAAUCACCGUACAUUGCAGUGCCGGUGUAGGAAGAACGGGUGUCUUCAUAACACUUAGCAUCGUACUAGAGCGAAUGCAGUAUGAAGGUGUGGUCGAUAUUUUCCAGACUGUGAGAAUAUUACGCACGCAACGUCCGGCUAUGGUUCAAACCGAGGAUCAAUACCAGUUUUGUUAUCGAGCCAGUUUGGAAUAUUUAGGGUCUUUUGAUCACUAUGCCAACUGACAAGCCGACACUCGCGAACAGAGAGAUCUGUCAAGAGACAAGCGAGACCGGCAAAGAGGCGAGAGAGAUGUUGAGAGAGCAAAAGUACGACGUGUCUAGUACAAUAAAAUCGUGUGACAUACUCGUACCUUCCAAGAAGAAAUACAAUAGUAACGCGAUUACUAAUGUCGUGGGCAGUUAACAUAGGAGAUGAAAUGUUUAGUUAAUGAUGUUACAGUAAAUGCAAAUAUGCCGGAAAUUUUCAUUCUUGAUGAUAUAACAAAUGUCCGAAUCGUGCUGAGAAGCAUUCAUCAAUUUAGAUAAUCUCUUUUUAGAAAUUAGAUUCGAAAGUUCCCUCGCAGUUUUUAAAACGCGAGUCAAAACUGCCGUUUAGAAAUACAUACAAUACGCGCGAUUGUAUAAACGACGAUGUCGUAUAUUGUCCUAUAUACGUUCUUUCCUUUGUGCGAACAAAGUGAACUUUUUAAUUUUCAGAUCCUCUUACAUUGAAAGGUCAGUUAAGUACGAUGAUGUAAUCAAAAUUACGAACCGCGUAGGCGAUUCACAUUCGUGAAUUAGUAAAUUGGAACAUAUCUCAUUAUCGAAUCAAUCAUUCGCAAAAGCAUUUUUUAAGAUCUAGAUAAUCUAAUUCUAAGAUAGACUGAAAAUAUUACGACCAUAUCUCUCUCACUUAUAAAAUAUAGUGCAUUACAUGUCUGGGUACCUCUUACUGAGACAUCAAACCUUUCUCGUUUAUUGAAGAUAAGAGUGCUUCCUUCAGUAGCGAUUGCAUAGAAGAAUAAAAGGGUUGAUGGUGAUGCUGUAUGUGAGAAACAAAGUAAUGCACUACACAUAUGUAUGAAACACAUACAUAUGUGAAGAUAAAAAUCUACAAUAACCGUAUAUGAUACGUUUUACGUACUCGAGUACUUACUGAUGUAGAAAAAAAAAUAACAGAAUGAAAAAAUUAACUAAAUAACUUUCUUUAGCUUUACAAGAGAGAAAGAGAGAGAAAAAGAGAUGAAAAUUUCCGCUCACAAGAGACAAGAAAAUUGCCAUACUGCCAAAUUGACAAUUAUUAAUGCUGUACUCGUUAUGAACAGUAGGGAUCUUCUCAUUUUACCUAUUAUAAUAAUGUUAGAUAGAUCGUAAGAAAAAAAUUGUUUUAAGACUAGAUUAAGCGAUGCCAUUAGGGAAAUGAUGAAAAUGAUUCGAGUGAAAGAAGGAUGAAAGGAAACGGUGCCUAUAUUCAAUGAAAAGUGCACAAAUGAAUUUGUGUGCACAUUUCUAUAAAAGAAAAAAAACUAAUUUACAUAGAAGCACUGUAUGUGUAAUUUGUGUAGUGUUCUUCCGAGCCCUCGAUACCUUUAUGUACAAAGUUCUAAUGUAGCUUCUACCUUGAAUAUUUCUGAUUGCCUUUUAAAUAUGUUCAAAUAGAUAGUGCACUAUAAAUUUAUUUAUCUUUGCGUAUAUUAGCUUAUUUUUCUAUUCGUAUAUAAUUGUACAAAUAUAUAUCAAAAUUAAAUUCAUACAGGAUCA